AUGGUUGUGCAGAGCAGGCGGUCGCUGGCGGUGCGCGCGGCGGUCAAGCAGGAUACAGAGGUUCAGGUUGAGCGCGUCAGCAGCAGCAAGGGCAGCCGCAAGGCCGUUAGCCAGGCGUUCGUAAAGCUACUUGGCAUCGAGACCUCGCCCAAGCAGGACGUCACCCCAGAGGAGCUGGCCAACUCGCCCUACACCUCUUACACGCCGCCGCUCAGCAACCUCACCGUGCAGCAGAAACGUCCCUACUGGCGGGAACGGUCGUGGACGGAGACCGACGUGGCUCGCCUGGUCUUCUACGGCGCCAUGUCUGGGGCUGCGCUCGUGCUGGGGCCGCUCACCUACUCUCCAGAGGCGCUGCAGCUCAUGCUCACGUGGUGA